AUGGCCGUUAGCAAAUACAUUUGCUGCUGCUUUGCAGAUGAUAGUGACGAUGACUCUGAUUUUAUGCGACCGCUCCUUGACCACACUGGCCUAACGCCCCCAAGAUCCAUGGGGCCCAGGAAGCGCACCUAUGGUGCGAAGAAGUCUGCCUUUUCGGCAGCAGCUGCUGCCAUUUUUGGCAGUGCUGUCAAUGACCCAUCUCCGGCCAUACCAUCGCCGCCACGCUCUCCUCUUGCGGAUAUAACUUCCGCAAUUGGCAAUAUCGCUCUUGGGGCUGGGGAGGACGAGGAAGAGGAGAGUGGUGACAAUGUCCCACAAGAGGUGGAAGAUCCGGCUGCGUACCUCCAGCCACUCAUUGCCGCUUAUAAGGCAGACCGCAACAGGACCUUGGAGAUCCAGAAGUGGAAAGAUAUUCUCACAGAGGACUGCUCCGUCACCAAGAUUGCCGAAGCCUCCUAUGCAGAGGUGUAUCGAAUCAGCACAGACUCUGGAACCUCCAUCAUUAAGGUCAUGCGUCUUCAGUCACCCCACGAUGUUGAUUCUCUUGAACUCGAAACUGCCAUCAAAAUCAAGUCCGUUGUCUCGGAAAUCAGAAUCAUGAAUGCUCUGACCGAGCUUCCUGGCUUUGUUAAGUUCAAGGAUGCGCAUCUUAUCCAAGGAAAAUCUACUAAAUUAUUCAAACACGCUUAUGGAGCACACGAGAGACAGUCAAAGGAUGGUUCCUUUUUCCCAAAUCCACUAACAUACACCGAUGAUUCUGUUUUCCUUGCCAUCGAGCUUGGAGAUGCAGGCACAGUCUUGGAGGAAUUUAAACUUGAAACCAUCGAUCAAGUAUGGGAUGUCUUGCUUGGAGUUAUCAUGGCCUUGGCCAAGGGUGAGGCGGAUUUCGAGUUUGAGCAUCGUGAUCUACAUGAGAAUAACAUUUGUGUCUCCUCGACUCGGAGCCCUGAACACAAGCCGGAACACCCAACGUUGUGCCGAUUCGGCUAUUCCGACCUCGAAGUAACAAUUAUCGACUACGGCCUCUCCCGCGCUACUCUCCAGAACGGUGAUACCGUCUCCUACGACCUUGAAGAAGAUCUCACAAUCUUCGAAGGAACUGAUGGACAUCCACAAUUUAAUGCUUACAGAAAAAUGCGCACCCAUCUUUUUACGUCGACCCGCGGAAUGUACCCCAGCACUUGGCACAAACCUGAGUCGCGGAACGAAAAUAAUGGCCACACCUGGUCCGAACACGUCCCAUACACUAACGUAAUCUGGAUCCAAUUCAUCCUUGGCCACCUAAAGCGAGAAUUCAAGAAAAAGAACGGUGCCUCAUCACCAGAAUUACGGCAAUUUACGGAGGAAACCAAAGAGCUGUCCAAGCGAUUAGAUCCCCGUACCAAAGUCGAGAAUGGCGCGUUCCAAACCGCUUAUGAGGUGCUGGAGUUUGUCCUUUGGCAGGGCUGGGUCACGUAUGACCAGGCUGAUGCCAGUGGCGUUGAAUUCGAUACCCUAAGCCUUAGUGAUGACGAGGAUGAUAGCGUGGAGGACACUGAAGUGGAGCAGGAGGUUGAUGACAGCCAGGGACGACGUGGAAAGCGGAUGGGGAAGAGAAGAGCUGCUGAGUGA